UCACCACCCAGACCACCGUAACCGAGGCCGAAACAGCUUUCUCAAAUUCUUCGCGUCUACUACCGAUUUCGGCAAUACCAUCCCAUCCCCGGAACACACCAUCACGCCAUUCAAAUACCUAUCCACAUUGCCGAGAUGGCGCCCACACAGCUUCCGGCUUCCGGAAACCCUUUGGUCUUCUUUGACAUUACGCUCGGAGGUGAGCCUCUCGGCCGCGUUACCUUUGAGCUCUUCAAAGAUGUCGUGCCCCGCACUGCGGAGAACUUCCGCCAAUUCUGCACCGGCGAGUUCAAGAACAGCCGAGGCCAGAGCCAGGGCUUCAAGGGAAGCAAAUUCCACCGAAUCAUCAACAACUUCAUGAUUCAGGGUGGAGACUUCAUCAACGGCGACGGUACUGGAAGCACCUGCAUCUACGGAACUAAGUCUUUCGAGGAUGAGAACUUCUCUCUCAAGCACACUCAGAAGGGCCUGCUUUCUAUGGCCAACUCUGGCCCCAACACCAACGGUUCUCAAUUCUUCAUCACUACCGUGCCUACCCCUCAUCUUGACGGGAAGCACGUUGUCUUCGGCAAAGUCGUCGAUGGUCUUGACGUAGUUGAGAAGAUUGAGAAGACCAAGACUGGUCGCCGUGGACGAGACGUCCCAGACAUGGACGUCGUCAUUGCUCAAUGUGGUGAGAUGUGAAGGACUAAGACCUUACCAAAUUAACAAACCCAACGA